CUCACAGCAAAGAUGAUCUUGCAGUGAUGCCCAUAUAGAAAACUGGUGUAAAGAACUGCAUAAACUAUCAUUCCAGGAAAGGCCAAUACACAGAAAACAUAGCAGACUUCCAAAUUUUUUAAACCAUUUGGCCUUUAUUUUUCAACUUAUACAGCCAGCAAAGGUAAUUAAAAGUCUAUAUAGGGUGCUUGGAAAAUGAGAAUGCAGAAUAAGAGUUGCAUUCUUGUUUACUUCUAGAGCUAUUUGAUUUCAGAAACCUAAAAUUGGACAUGACAAAAACAGGUCAGCUGUAGGAAAACUUGAACUCAUAAGAGGGAUUCCAAAGAGUGGUCUCCCUAGACCCUGUACUCCAUGAGGAAGAUUUCCUUCCUCCAAGGGAGAACAAUAUGUUCACAUUCCUGACCACUCUGGGAGCUGCUAUCCUUCAGGAGUGGUUAUACUUGAGUACAGAAUUCGCCCCUAAAAAAAAAAAAUAAAGUAUGCUUCUCAAACAUUUGUUUAGACCUUUGUUUUUGUUACUUUCUUUACUAAAAUUGAGGGCAUAAAAACCUGAGCAAAUGUUAUUUUGUGCGCACAAACAGAUAUCAGCACACAUAGUUACCUAUUUUGCAUGCUCAAAUGCUAUUUUUGCAUGUAUAAAUGGAUAUGGCCACCUAUUUUGUGGACAUAUUUUUGUACGCUGUUACUGUAUGAUAAUAUUGUUAAUAAACUUCAAUAAAAGUCCACAUUUACUAUAGUUAUUAUUAUGGGACUUGCAUUCCUAGGUCAGUUAGGUGCUUUUGCAAAUCCCAUCCUACACUAAAAAUCUAAUGUUUCAUGCCCUGCAAGAACUUUUUACCCAACACCUAAAAUGAAAACGAUCGCCAACAUAAUGGACUCUGCCACAUCCAGUGCCCCUAAUCUGGCUUCAGAAAGAAACAGAAUGAUCGGCUCCCACUCAAGAGAGAGUCUGGGGACUGUGGUGGAAGCUCCUCUACCUACUAACAGAUCCUAGAGACAGUUUCUUUCAUUCUUUGCAAGAUAAAUUUAUUUAGCAAUUAAACACACCCUUUUUCUGCUUCCUAUUCAGAAAGUGAAAUACAAUUGGAGCAAAUGAGUUUUGCAGAUCAAAACAUGGGUUGUGAGGAGGACACAGUUCAGCCCACAAACCCAAGGCCUGGAGUCAGGAAGCUCAACAGUAAUGUCUAUUAUUUCAGUCCCUGGGCUAGAAUAGGGCUUUCUGUAUCCCUUGCGUGAAAGUUUGCAAAUCUGUAUAAUUCUGGAUUCUCAGGCUUCUCUACACUUACAGCGCUGCAGUUGCACCACUGUAGAACUUAGCAAAGAUGCUACCUACGCGUGCCGACAGAAGAGCUUCUCCCUUUGGUGGACAUACUCCAGCUCCUUGAGAGGGGGUAGCUAUGUCGGUGGGAGAAGACCUCCCAUUGACAUAGUGCUGUCUGCACUAGGAGUUUGGUUGAUAUAACUAUAUUGCAAAGGAGGGUGGAAAAUCCACAUCCCUGAGAGAGGCAGUUAUACCAACAUAAGUCUCUAGUGUAGUUCAGGGCUCAGCUCAUGGCUGUGGGCCUGAAACUCUCACACUCCCAUACCUCCCUCUGCAAUAGUAUAUUUGGGGCAGACGUGAAUGUACCUCCUUGGCAGACAAGUGGUAAAGAAACCCCUGGCUCAGUAGCUCAAUAUGUGAUCUGCCCCACUCACCUUUAUUCAGGAAUACCUCUAGCCUUGCAGAGGCUAUGAGUGGAUGAAGUUCAAUAGUGAAGAAAUGCAUAGAUUAGACCUGACCAGUGUAUGGUAUGUUCACUGCUGCGGAGGGGCAAACACCAGAGGGAAUUAACCAGAACACCACCACCACUAAAGGGAUGUUUAAAACAAAUACAAAGAACAGCAAUUACAUUUGAUACCUAAGUUUGGUUGACAGGAAAUUUUUAGCUUUUUAUUCUCAUUACUUUAAAAAGCAAGCAAGCAACCAUGAAUUCUGCUUGUAAAGCAGCAAUAGAAUGAGCACUGCUGCACUGGAGAAACACAAACCAAGCGUAAAACUGAUCACAAUGGAACAAAUGAUGAAUAUUUUGCAACACAAUCAAUAUGAUUUCUAAUUGCAUGACACUUCUAUUACCCCUUGCACAGAAUUUCAGAAAGACAGAAAUCCACGUAGGAAAUAAACACAAGCUCCCUUUGGCUCUGGAAAGUAGAUUUAGUCCUAAUUUUUGUGACAGAUGGAGCUGAUAGUUUUCCGAUGAAAAAAGCGCCAGUUUUUGACAGGCAGCAGACACUGAUGCCUCUUGCGGUCAAAGUCCAUGUUGCUCUGGAAUUAAGGUAGCGCUAAAAUUAAAAGAAACCUACAAAUGCACUAUCACCAACUCCGCAAUGUACAGCUUAUGCUGUUCUGAACGUUUUAUAUUAUAUUUAUUAUUUUAAUCUUAUAUUUUCUUUUAAUCAAAGGAAGAAUUAAGAAUGUAAUGAAAAUUUUAAUGCAUCCACGACCAGUCUUUUAGCUCAGUUAAUAAAUUUCAGGCAACUUUUAAUAGCUAGUAGAUCCCAAUAAAGAAUUCAAAUAACCAUUUCAGACAUUGGGAAACAUAUUUCAGUGUUCUAUUUGCAAAAUCUAUUGUUAUAAAUAAUGUAUAUAAGAGGAUAGGUUGUUUUUUUCCUAAAUCCUAGUAGUUCCGUGCAUUGACUUCCCAGAGAAAAUCUUCAUGCAAACAUAUAAUUUGAAUUUGCUUACAGGCAAUAGAAGUGCAAAACGGUGAAAUGACAAGUGGUCAUGCUUAAGUACUCCAAUUAAUGGACCACUUUCUGUUCUCAGUAUAUGGAUGCACUCCCAUUGAAGUCAGUAGCAUUGCACAAAUCUCAAAAAGUUUGAUUCCGUAUGAGACCGAGCUUACAUUCCCCACAGGAAGAAUUCUUACUCCCAUUGCGAGGGGGAGAACGAGAUCAGCAAAUGAUGCGAGAGCCCUUUUUGUUUGCAUAUUGGUAUAUAAUGGCAUAUUUGAUAUAUAAUAAAUCUAUAAUUGUUUUGACUUCUAUCAGUAAAAUUUAUAAUGAAAUUUAUUGUACAGCAUCUUUUAAAAACGUAUGCCAUAAUGUUACACCUCAGGCAACUUCUAUAAACCAAACGCUGCUUUGUGACCGCCGGAAAACAGAGAUGGGUGCAAAGUUUUGCCUGAUGCAAACAGCUGCAAAGUUUCUUCUUGAAAAACUGUGUUGUAACUGUGGGAGCCUCCUUAACAGUAGGAGGGGCUCCUUGGGGGCUGCUGUCAAUCUCGUUAAGCCUUUCCUUUCAAGCUUUGCUUGUGAGCUGCCCACCAGCCCCCCCCCUUUCUCCCGUAGAUCGUAAAGAAAAAAAAAGUUUCAACAACAGGCUAGUCCAAUAGUAAGUCGAAAAGCAGGGAAAGGGGGCCGAGCAAAGGGAGAAAAGUGGAGAAAAGGAGAAAGAGAGCGACUAGCGAGAGAGAGCGCAGGCUGGGGGCAUGUGUAAAAGGGGAAGAAGCAUUGCUAAUUGUUUUGUUUGUUUGCUUUUCCAUGCAUGCAUAAUAAGGCUUCAUCAGAGCACGUUGCUGCUGCUCGGAGGCCACUUUUGUAUUUAAAGCCUUGCAAAGAAAAAAAGCUUCACACCGCAGAGCAGAGCAGCUUGCGAGCUUGUUGACAACAGAAGCAGCAUCAACCGCAGAGACAGAAAGAAAAGGGAGACCCUGAGCCAGCUAUUUUCCCCCGUCUCUAUUUUCUUGCCAAAAGGGGGAUUUCUUUCCCCUUCUUCCCGAAAGUGCAACAGUAUAAGCGAAGGAGCGGAGCAGGGAUUGUGAAUGGGAUCGGAGCGGUUUGUGCGGCUGGCAUGUGCGGAGAUGCUGAGAGCGGAGAGUUGAAAGCUCCCGAGGAAGCAGCAGCAGCUGGGCAUUUAUUUUGUGCAAAAAGAGGAAAGAAAGGGAUCUGCAUGAGAAGCAGGCCAGCACCAUGAGCUCCCCCGGCGCAGCCUGUAAGCCCCCGAGUGCACUCAGAAGCCGCUCUCCUCCCAGCCCCCAGUUGCACUGAUUAACUAAGGGAACUCUUGCGGCAACCGCAGCCCGGGACUCUGGGGUGGGGGCUGUACUGCAGCCCGCUGUUCCAGCCUCGGACGGGCCAUGUGAAUGGAUUGAUGAGGGAAAGCCUCAUGCACACAGCUGGCAGGAGUUUUGCAAACUUUUCCACGGGCAGCUGCUCCUCCUCCCCCCCUCGUCGACCCUCUUGCAGCCGCCGCCGCCCGCAAUGGUGGUAGGCUCGCCCGCUCAGCAUGGAGGAGGCGGCGGCGGCCGCCGGUGGCUGAUGCCGGGCGCCUGGCUGUGGCUGACGGUGGUGCUGGGCGCGGUGUCCCCCCCGCGGGCGCACGGCCGGAGGCUGAUCUGCUGGCAGGCGGUGCUGCAGUGUCAGGGCGAGCCCGAGUGCAGCUACGCGUACAGCCAGUACGCCGAGGCGUGCGCCCCGGUGCUCCUGCAGCAACACCCGGCCGGCAGCGCCGGGGCUGCGGCCGCAUCCUCCCGGCGGCGGUGCCCGAGCCACUGCAUCGCGGCCCUGAUCCAGCUCAACCACACCCGGCGGGGCCCGGCGCUGGAGGACUGCGACUGCGCGCAGGAUGAGACCUGCUGGGCCACCAAGCGCGCCAUCGAGCCCUGCCUGCCCCGCACCAGCGGCGGGGCUGGGGGCGCAGCGGGCGGCGGAGGCGGCGGGGUGAUGGGCUGCACCGAGGCCCGGCGGCGCUGCGACUGGGACAGCCGCUGCAGCGCGGCGCUCGGCCGCUACAUGGUGUCCUGCGGGAAGCUCUUCAACGGGCUGCGCUGCACCGAGGAGUGCCGGGCCGUGAUCGAGGACAUGCUGGCCGUGCCCAAGGCCGGUCUGCUCAACGACUGCGUCUGCGACGGGCUGGAGCGGCCCAUCUGCGAGACAAUGAAGGAGAACAUGGCCCGCCUCUGCUUCGGCGCCGAGGCGGGCGGCAACGGCGCCGGCAGCAGCGGUGGCUCGGACGGGGGCCCGGAGGAUUACUACGAUGACGAGUACGAGGACGAGCCCAGCCAGAGGGGGCCGGACGAGCCGGGCCCCCAGCCAGGCUUCUCAGCGCCUGCCGAUCGCGCCGGCCGAGCGCCCGCCCUGGCAGCCUGGACCGCGCUGGCCUCCAUUUUGCUGCUGCUGCUGUAGCCACCGAGUCCCCAUUUGCUUCAGGGCUCGCGCGCGCGCGCGGCGCUCGGGACGCGUGGGGGGAUCCCCGGUCCCAGACGUGCCCCUGGGAUCAUUUAG